AUGGCAGUUGGUCUUGGUAUAAUUUUAUUUUUAGCCUUUGGGUUACUAAUUGCUACUUUUAGUAUUGGUAUAAUACCUUUAUAUUGGAUGAACAAGAAUAUAAAUGGUAACGAUGCUAAUAAGUAUAUUGGUAUAUUAUCUCAGUUUGGUAUUGGUAUGCUGUUAGGUACUUCUUUUAUGUUAGUGAUUCCCGAGGGUGUGAAAUCUUGUGUUGAACACGAUGGUAAUGUUGGUUUGAACCUGUUGUUAGGUUUUUUAAUUGUUUAUUUAUUGGAUAGAGGUGUUCACAUAUUGAUGAGAAGUCCUAACAAUUUUAACUUUUUGACUGAGGAUGCUUCUCUCAGGAUCAAUUCUGUAAGAGAUUUGAUUAGAAAUCCAAAAGUUCCAUUUAUCUCGAUCUUAAAGAACAACGUUGUAUUUGCUCUAUUUAUCCAUGGAUUAUCUGAUGGUAUUGCAUUGGGUACUACUUCCAACAACGAGUCUCUACUGAUUGUAGUAUUGAUAGCAAUUGUUAUCCACAAGAUUCCUGCUGUACUUUCGUUAACAAGUUUAAUGAUUUCAAGACAAAGAUUACCUGAAUGGGAAGUAAUCUCAAAUUUAUUUGCAUUCUCUUUAUCGACACCAUUAGGCUACAUCCUAGUAUCACUAUUCAAUUUGAAACACUCAGACACUAUGGAUUGGGUGGGUGGAAAUUUAUUGUUGAUGAGUGGUGGUAGUUUAUUAUAUGCGUCGUUUACUGCCUUUGUUGGAGGUGACAGCCACGAUCAUCACGUGGAGAUUCCAAGCGAUGAACCAUUAUCAUCCAUGCAUAUGGAGGAUAGUAGUGCAGAAAGAUUAGAUUCGAUGUCACAAGGAGAUGAAGAAGAAGGAGUUAUAAACAAAUCUUUACCAAUAAUUGUAGAAUCUGGUUCACAAUACGAAGACAACAACAGCUCCACACAAUUACCACAUGACGAAUCAGUGUACAUUCUUCUAGGUGUUAUAAUCCCGGUCAUCGUGUCAUUUCUGAUAAGUGAAGACUGA